AUGCGAAACAUCAGCAAUGAGAAGGUAGAACGUGAAGCGAACAGCAUGAGUAAUGAAAGGAUUCGUGGGAGUAACGAGUCUUCCGCUUCACACUACCGUGACACAACCGAACACGAUGCCGUAAACAAUCGGUUCAUCGAGAAACAGGUGCCAGAACUAGUGUUCUGCCUGUCGUGUCGCUCCCAGGUCAGCGUAUCGUUGCCGAACGACAUUAUCCAGCAUUAUAUGAACCGCAGGCACGAACCGUGCUGUCGCUGUCUGUACUGCAACGGGCCUAUGUAUCGGUACAGAGAUAGCAAGGGUAAGGUGCAGUACUAUCACGAUUGUCAUCGAUGCAAGCGCUUACUGGACGCUUCGUAG